AUGACCCCAGGAGUGCUGUAUGUUGGCCAUAUUCCACAUGGCUUCUAUGAACAUGAAAUGAGAGGUUUCUUUUCACAGUUUGGUACCGUUAACAGACUUCGGUUGUCCAGAAGUAAAAAGGUAUUGUUAUCCAAAUCAAUCCAAAUCCAAAUCAAUCUCUGUACUGUACUGUACUGUACUGUACUGUACUGUACUGUACUGUACUGUACUGUACUGUACCGUACCGUAGGCUUGUCCAUUUAUGGAAGCCACCCAUUUGACCCAUUAAGUUAAAAUUCCACGAAAUGGUCAGAGUACAAUCAGACAUAAACAUCAUGGAUUCUUUUAGAUGUGCAUUUAAGUUCUGGAAUUUUACUAUAUUUUAGACUGGAGGUUCCAAAGGUUAUGCAUUUGUCGAAUUUGCAUGUGAUGAUGUGGCAAAAAUUGUUGCAGAAACCAUGAACAAUUACAUGAUGUUCGGAAGACUGUUGAAGUGUAUGUGACAUGUUUGAAUUUUUUCUACCCUACACAAUCACUGUAUAUUAUAGUAUAACUGUAUAUUAUAGUAUAAGUGUCCUGAAACUGACCAUUUGGACUUGAUCCUCUGUUCACCAGGGGUAUUUUCCUCGAAGUACACCUGAAUGGAAUAUCAUUGUAUAUUCUGUUCUCGAUGGCUAAGAUUUAAAUAUCGCCCAAACCUUGUUGCCUAUUUUCCUCGAAAUACACCUGAAUGGAAUAUCAAUGUAUAUUCCGUUCUCUAAGCCCGUUGUCAAAGCCCGUUUACAAUUUUGCUGUGAUUUCUAGUGCGAUUUUCUCCUUCUGAUGCAUGUGAACGAGUAGAUGAGUUACGAAUGUUCGGAGUACUUGUUAUCAUGUACCCGUAACUUAUCCACUCGUUAAUAUCCAUCAGAAGAAGAAAAUCGCAGCAAAAAUUGCAAGUGUAAACGAGGUUUAAGAUAUGUAUAGAGAAUAAUACAUGGGUGCGCGGAAAUACCAGAUUUAUUUCGAGUGUUGAACAUGAUAUCUCACGAGUGAACGCAGCGAACGAGUGAGAUAUCAUGUUCAACACGAGAAAUAAAUCUGGUAUUUCCAAGCACCCAUGUAUUUUUCUGUUUAUUAUAUAAAGGACAGUCUUUGAAAAGCGAUAAUUUUUACAGAAGAGCGAUAAUUGAAAAGCGAUAAUUUUCACAUGUGAAUGAAUAAUCUCACAUGUGAGAUUAUCACUUUUAUCAGUGCUCGAAAUCUCUAUAAAGCACUAUACUUUAUAUAAUAAAUAUAAUUAAUAUAUAUGUAGCGGCCAUGUGGAAUGAAAUAUCUAUCAUUCUAUUGUUACUAACGUUCUCUUAUAUGUAUAUAUAUAGGUAAUGUUGUUUCCCCAGAAAAAAUACAUCCACGUCUAUGGGUUGGAUCUAACAGAAGAUUUCGAGCAAAACCAUAUGGUACAACCAACACAGACAAACAUAAUAAGGUAAAAAUAACCGAGAAACUCCAGAUAAAUUAUAAAUGUGUAUGGAAUAGGAAUUACAAAAAUUCAUGGUAUGAAGACCAAAAAUCCCUGAAUACUAAGUUAUACAGUAUAAAGUUGCAAAUAACAUACGAGGUUUAAUCGAUGGUCAAAAGAAUUAAACUUUAGUUCCGUCUGUACGAACAUUUGGAUGUUACAUUUCCUUAGAUAGUACACAGUAUGUACAUGUAUCUUACUAUCUUGUAUAUGAGACAGAUUUCAAAUUCACAUGCCAUUUUUAGUCCUUUUGUGCAUUGUAAAAUUAAUGUAUUCAAUUUUAGUGUAAGUUAAUGUUGUAAUCUUCAAUCUACUAUAUUUUAGAUAGAAUUUAAGCUCCAUUUAUUAUUUUGUAGCCUCGCAAUAUAAAACAGCAUACAAAGCAAGUCAGUAAACUAGUGGCAAAAGAAGAAAAGAAGAGAGCCAAGUUAAAAGAACUUGGAGUCGACUAUGAUUUCCCCGGUUACGUAUGUACAAUAAUUCUGUAUUCUUUUUCUCAUUCAUAAAACUGGCUCCACAAAGUGGUAAUAUAAGGUAGUAUGGUGAACAAUAAUACACCCUUUCGAUAAUUACAUCACACAUACUUUUUGGUCUUGGAGCCUCGCUCUCAAUAGUAAAUUACGCAAGGUGAUUGGCUUACGAUUCACGAGAGUGAGACUCCCAGGCAAAAUGACGUAAUUAUCGUGGAUUCGUUUCUUUCGUUAGAACCAUCUCCUUAGUACUUGUAGCACAUUUUACCAUAAAGUAUAUAAACAUUGGACAGAUUUAGAAAAGACGACGAGGCAAACACGGCGACGCGUUCUCGAUUUCAGCUCCUACAAGAUUGAGAGCUAAGGAACUUGAUUACUGUAAUAAAUUGAAGCUUUUUAAAAUAACCUUACAAACCACUAAGUUUUGAAAAACGAUCCGGUGUCUGCUAUAUACGACAGAUUUUAUGCAAUUCCUCCAACGUCGCAACAAGUAUGCACGUUUCUCCAAUUAGUUUAACGUUGUAUUCAGAAUGAUGACGUUAUUGAGGAUACCCCGGGACCACAAAUUAUUCAAACCUUUUGUUUUGCAUGAAGAAUUUCUCUGUUUCGAAGUCGUUCAGUUCGCGUCGAGUUUUCUGAAUCAGUCUUUCUUCACUUAUCAGUAUACGUGUAAAAACUCUAUGUUCGUAGGGUUCUUAGUCACUUAAAUCAGAGUAAUAAAUCAGAAAUUGUAUAUCUUCAUUUUAGACGGCCGAGGCUGGUAAACAUAAACAUAAUCCUAAGCAUACAAAGUUUGAAGAAACCUGAGAUGGUAUGAGAAUAUAUUAUAAUGAUUGACGAAGACAAUUCAACAAGAUAGGAAGUACUACAGCUGUUGCCUGUAUUAUAGAGGAACAAGCCAUGUUAACUUUGGUAGAAGAUACAUAUACUGUACAAUCUAUAAAUGUACUGUAUAGGUACAUCAUUACAAAUGGAACGUGUUUUUAUAGUACAGACAGAGCUUAGUAGUAUGCAACAUGAUAAAAAUACCAUUACAUUCAUACGAAUAUUAGUGAAGUAGUAUAACAUAAUGUUGAGCAGCAACAAAUAUAACUAUUAAUAUUACAUGUGACUGCGAUAACCGCUUUAGUGAGCACAUGACUUUAACUUAACGUUCUAUUUUUUCUACGUCCUGGCUAAUGCUUUUUUAUUAAUUAAUGUCUGAAUACGCAUAGUUUUGUCCCAUAUACACGCUUCAAGUUUGUCGGCAAUUAAUGCAAGAAGUACCGCGAGAACUAAAUAAUAAUGCAUAGAUUGACAACCACCUGCAUGUACCUGGGGGCAGUUGUAUAUACGUAAUGUACGAAAGCCGGAUACCGCCUUGCAUCUUUUUCAUUCAAUGCCUAAAUCACAGGAAAUGACAUUUCCGGGUUCUAAUUUUCAAAAUUUUCCCGGGGGACAUGAACCCGAACUCCCCCCCCCGUUCCUAUAGGUGGCUCGCGCCUUCGGCGAUCUAGAUUUUUCGUGCAUGGAUGGAUCAUUACAGGGUUUAUAUCCUGCAGCAACAAAUCGAACCUGCUGCCCUGCGAUUCUCGCUCUAACCAACACGUCAAAACUAUAGAAUAAGUAAAUAUUAAAUACUGUAGAGUAAUAUAAGGUUAGGAUUGGCAGGAAUUAGGAUUGACGCAAUAGACGCUUUUUGAGUCAAUUUAAAAUGUGAUGUUAGCACUCCAUCUGACCAGGAAUGAAAAGACCAAGUCAAAAUUAUAGUAACUACGCAAUAUUUGGAGACUUAUUUUUAAGAAACUGUGGCACUAGCGUCGUUUCCAAAAACAGACACUUUAAUAGAGAAUAUUAUAUGGGAAUUUUGCAUUGAAGCCUUGCUCCCAUACAAAUAUCCACAUAUAUUUUCAAAUAAAAUUUCGAAGUUCAUAUGGUGUUUUUCAAAAUUUCGAUAUAAAGCCUCCAGAUUUUUUUAUUACUGACUUUGAUCUGCUCUUUUCAUCUGGCACUUACAUGCAGAGUGAUAACAAUAAAUUUUAAAUUGACUCAAAAAGCAUGUUAAAGGUCUAUAAUUUAGACAGUGUUUAAAUUUAAUUUAAUGUUAAUGCCAUUAUACAUUAAUGCACUUUUGUUUUGGUUUUGCGGCGUAUGUGGGUUAUAAUAGCAUUGAUAUGUUAAUAGUAAUCAUAUGUGCACCUGGAUACUGCACCUGACGUAGUACAAUAAACACAAAUAAUUCGCAUUUGAAGACUUAUUAUGACUGUUCGCACACUAUCAUUGUCAAGCCAUCAUGCAUGUAAUUGCAUGGAGACUGUAUAAUUGAAGGAUUCGUAUAUAUUUACAUUCUUGUCCAAGAAAACCUAUAUACAGUGUGUAUAAAAAAAACUGAACCCUUUCAAAUUCAAAUUCGCUAUAACGUAUUGUAGCAUUUGACAGCUCUAAUUGCUUUGAAUCUUGUACUCAUGGGACAAAACUCAACGAAAUAAAAAUGAGAAAAUUUAAAAGAAAUACUUUUCUAAUUUUUAUUUCUUUGAGUUUUGUCCCGUGAGUACAAGACCUUGUGUUCUUACCCAACCAUUAAUUCAAAGUGCCAAUAACAAGAAAGCUUCGGAUUGAUAGGGAUACAACUACCUGAACGAUCAAGGAGAACUAAACUGCCCGACGAAGCCGAAGGGGGCUCGAAACGUCGAAGACGACGUUCUUGUAUUUUGCAGGUAUAUAUAGUUGUAUCCCUAGCAAUCCGAAGCUUGUAUAUCUUAAUUAUGACUUAUCCAGUUCGGUGGCGCUAUUCAUAAUUAAUACAUUCUUCCCAUACAAGGUAUUCCGAAAGGAAAACCGGACUACAUGUGGUUUAAAUGGAUACACUGAUUCAUCUGGGUAUCGGUUAGAAAAGCUCAAAAGAUUUUUUCUAAGUAUAAAUCAUCAAAAGACUAUUUUAAAGUCGGGAGGUGACGAUGAUCUGAAAAAGGCAUAAAAUAUGGGAAUUUAUAUUACUGCAACGAUUGAAGUGAUUGUUUACCGAAACUGAGAUCUUCAAAUACCGUGAGGAUAUGAAUAUUAAUUUUAAACUUAAUUGACGUUGGAAAUAUUUUUCCAGUGUUAGUAUUUCUGUACUAUGUAAAGUUUUCAGCAUGCUCCGCCAUUCUCCAGAACGACACGUCAAGGAAUUUAACUGAAGAAAGUCGAGCACAGAGGUAUGUGGAUGAAUAAGAAUCUUUAAACUUGGGAACCCAGCGCAUCGGUCACGGUGAAGAUAGAAGAAACCGCCGUUCAUGCAUACAUGAUUAUUCUACAAUUUGCCGUUUACUUGUUAUCCUUUAUACUGCAAUCGCCCUCUAAAGUUAAGUCUGGCGUAAAUAUAUGUUUUUGGCCGUCUGAGUCAGGCCAAAACAUAUUUAUACCCGCGAACAUCGGCUCUAUAUUGUUAUUUUAAUACAAGAUACUUGAUCGAUUUUUGGAAAAGAAAUACCUAUAGCUGGUGUUACACUGUUAUGUAAACUAAACUUAAAACUAAAGUAACUUUAUUACGUAAUAGCAGUAGUCUAAUUCUCUUCACGGGUCCAGUUAGGGGAUUACUUACUGUGUAUAGUGUUGUUUCAGAAGGAAACACCUGAACACGCGGGGAAAGUGGCUUAAUUGUUUCGUAGAAUCUAAUUGAAAGCACUUAAUUUUCAUUGUAAUCAGAGGCAAAUAACUCGUGCUAGGAAAAUAACUCAGUCCAUCUCACAUAUAUAGACUCGUGCCAAUUUGAUUGGAAAUCAUGUUUAUAAAUACAGUGUAUGCAGUAGGCAAUUUCCAAAAUAUACGCUUCGAGUUUAAUUAAGAACAAUAUCACGUGGACGGAGACAAUUCGUUUGAAGCUUGUUAUCACACUCCAAUUUUCUUCACAAGUUUAAUUUGCUCCAUGAAAAAGAAAAAUUUCAUGACAAGCUUCCUCAGUUUAGUGAAAAGAAAAAUCGUGUCAUCUGUACUGGGCUUUUAUGUUCUAUCUGAGAGACUCGUUGAUGAAGAAAAUAUGACAUUAAUGAAAUGACCAUAGAUAUCUCAUAUGGAAAUGACAUUUGCAUGGUUAUCUGCCUGCCUCUACUGUAUAGAUAGGGUGUUCACGGGCCUUGAGAAUCUUGGAAAGUCCUUGAAUUUUAAAAAAGCAAAUCCAGACCUGCAAAGUCCUUGAAAGUUAGUGCAGGUCCUUGAAGUUUUGGAAUUUUUUUCAUCUGUGCGUAUAUACAUGAACAUUAUGUAAGCUAUUGAUUUUGAUUAAAAAGUGGUGUUUUAACAGGCAGAAUCCAUACCAUUUUGAAACAUUUUUGCAGUUUUAGGUCAUCCUUAGCCUGCGCGGCGUGCGCGCAGACUAUAUAAUGACAUAUAUAGUCUGCGAAUCCGUGGCAUGAAUCUUGUAUGGUCACGUGAAUUUCCCAAGAAAAGUUGGGACGAAUUGUGAUCACUGAUAUACACUAAGAUUGUGAUUGGUUGAACUAUAAUUAUGCAGAAUUAAUGUUAAUUCAUCGGACAUUAAGCCCGCCGCACACGAGAGCAACUUGCUGAGCUAACCGCCUCGCGAGGCCGUUAGCUCAGCUAUGUAUUUUCACCGCACACGUUGGGAAAACUACUCAACAAUAACAUAAUUAACAAAAUUAUUUGCAUUUUCCUCCAUUUUGUUCCAUGUCACAUGAAGAAACCAUGGUUUGUCAUUGGCUAAUUGAUUGAAACAGACUCAUAAACUCAUAAACUUUAUUACAUAUCCCUCCCUCGAAAGGGUUUUUCAGUGAUACAAUACAAUACAAUAAAUUAUUUAAAUAUAGUACAGAUAUUCUAAAAAUAUAUUUACAAUCAAUUAAAAACUAGUUAUAUAAAUGUAAUUUAAGAAGUCAGAAAGUGUUUGUGAAGUUUAUGUUUACCUUUAACAGCUCAGCACUUAGCUCACAACAUCCGCAGACGCUGAGAUUUUUUCCUUCCGAGGCGAAAAAUAUCAAACACGAUAGAUAUUUUCCUCAAGGCCUCGAGAGGUCAAAUCCUCACGAAAACUAUCCGCACACGAGAGCUACUUGCUGAGCUAACCGCCUACUUGCUGAGCUAACCGCCUCGCGAGGCGGUUAGCUCAGCAAGUUGCUCUCGUGUGCGGCGGGCUUUACGUUCGCAACGUACGCGCGUUGGGCUGUUCAAAAUUGACCAUUUCCAGGGUCAAAUGACAAUGUUUAUAUUACAGUUGUAUUUAUAGAAGUGUGGCGGAUAAACAAGAAAGGCCGUUGUAGAAGAAAUCUAUAAUAUUACAUCUUCUGUUUGGCGAAAUGGGCUUUCCGUUUUGAAAACAACGGCCUUUUUUGUUUAUCCGCCACACUUCUAUAAAUACAACUGUAAUAAACAUUGUCAUUUGAGUCAUUUGACCUUGGAAACCGUCAAUUUUGAACAGCCAACGCGCGUUGCGAAAGCAAUGAAUUAACACUAAUUCUGCAUAAUUAUAGUUCAACCAAUCAUAAUUCGUCCCAACUUUUCUUGGGAAAUUAACGUGACCAUACAAGCUUCAUGCCACGGAUUCGCAGACUAUAUAUGUCAUUAUACAGUAUAGUCCGCGCGCAGGCUAGUCGAUCCUCGGAUUUACUGAAAAACGUCCUUGAAAGUUCUGGGAAGUCAUUGAGUACUUAGAUUAUUUGGUUAAAUUUACUGAUGAAAAAACUACAUUGUAUGUUUCAUGUGUAUCACAACCUUCAUCUAUUUUCUUUUAUCAUACAGCUGUUCUACAGAAGUAGCUGGUGCUGUGCUUCUUAAUUUGACUUCGAAUGGAUAUGAUUACAGAAUACGGCCACACUACGGUGGUAAGUAACAUGAGUAAAAUGCAUCGUCCAUCACACCUGGUCAACACAUUUGAAGUAUCUAGGUUUGCAUGGAUAUCUAUUAUUAUUAUAUACACAAGGUCUGGAUAUGAGGUAUUCUCCAAUCUGAUUGGUUCUCUACUAGCAGGAUAUUAGCUCAUAUCCUGUUAGUAGAGAAAAACAAAAUGGCGGCUCAAACUGAAUUUCCGACAUUUUGCGAACGAGAAAACGGCAAGUUGUUCGCUUUUUAUAGCCUUUACAGGAUUAAAAACACAACGAAAAACUACCACAGAUUGUUUACAGGUUAGCAAAUUAAUUUUUAAAAUUUAAAAUGGUUAAAAAAAAUUUUUUUGAAAAAAUACUCGGCCGAAAGAGCGAAGAUAAAAACAUAAACAAAAUAGAAAAAUAUUGAAAAUAUCCGGAAAGCAAAGUAUGUGAAUUCAAACCUUGUGUAUAUAAUAAAACAGUUAUUCUACUCACUCUCGUCGAAUACGAGCGAUAGCCGAUUUGGCGCUACGCGCCUCAUCGUCUAUCAGCUCAUAUUCGACUCAACGUCGUAGAAUAAAUAUAUAACGAUAAAGUAUACUGCAUGACCGCAUGUUAAAUCGAUUUGAUGUGUGGAAAACGCCUUAAGCGUUUGUUAAUUUGGGAAAAGAAUAAGUUCUAUACUGGCUCGUAGUUACCCGCAUGAUGACGCUAUUUUGAUUAAACAAAAUUAUAGUGCAUGCAUUACCUCCUCCGCAGGCCCUUCUCCGGGCAAAUUUGCGGGCGGUGCAAAUUUGCGGGCCAUAUUUAGGUGCAUGCAUGUGAACUGUAUAGAGUGACGUAUAAUAUAAAUUAGAAGUGUUCAGUGUAAACUUAUGACGUCUCGUUAGAUUUAGGGAAGGGCUGUUCAUUGGAACUCCGCAAUAUCAAGUACAGUUAACUGUACUUGCUCUCAUUUAGGCGAGAUUUCGCGUGCUAUUUGUAUGGAGGACAGACUGCAGGCAGUUCCAUGCAGCUGAGAUCUCCCCGAAAAGACUAGCUAGAAAUUACUCGUGUAAACGCACCAAAAAGAUCCCUCCUAGCACUAAUAUCAACUCACUGUGUCUGUUGCUACUCUAACCAGAGACUUUUAUAACAUAUAAACUGGGGGCGCCAAGUCUUCCCCAUCUUCUUUAAGCUUUUGCGCCCCCUAAAAUCCCUUGCAGGGGCGGCGAUGGCUCUUGUCAGCACGCUAGUGGCUGCGAUGUAUAUAAGUAUGUAUAUAUGCAGGGGUCUAUUCUGUUCCCUGCAAAUUCAGAAUAGAUGAUUCCCCUUAUUACGUUUUCGUAGCGCUUUGCAUUGUGGUUAUAGUGGUAUCACUGAUAUUCCAGAUAUGCCUUAUUUUUUGUCCCAACCUGUGCAAGAACUUUUAAAAAAGCUAGGGUCAGGUGCACGAUAGCCAACAGCAAAAUAUUCGCGAAAACAUUCAAUAUUUUCAUUCGAGGCCGCUAUCGUUAUCAGUGAUACCACUAUAACCACAAUGCAAAGCGGUACGAAAACGUAAUAAGGGGAAUCAUCUACUAACUAUUUAUAUCACGUCUUACAAAGUUUUUUUGUUACAGGUGAACCUGUCGUCGUUAAUGUUUCCUAUAGUGUCUUGGGGUUCAGAGAUAUUCAGGAGGUUGAUAUGGUGAGCAAAAUAAUACAACCAAUAUAUUUUUACAAGCUUUUGGAAAGGAAUAGUGGACAUUUUGUCAAUGAUUAUAAAAAGGCACGAAAAAUAAAUUUUGACAAAUGUUAUCAUUGUAUUAAUGAUAUGUUUCCCAGGCUCCCAGCUAAAAGGGACCUCGAAAUAAAAAUAAAGUGAGAUUAUCCAUAGAUAUUACUAUAUGUACCAAAUCGCUCCCAGACUGCAGGUAUUUUCCAUUCCUGAGACCCUAUAGAUGCCAAAAUUUUGGAAAUGGGGGAGAAUGUCUGCUGAAGGGAUUGAAAAUGUUAUUUGACUGCAGGACAUGAUCCAACUAAUUGUGCUGAAAGCCAAGAUUAAAUGCCUUUUAUUAUAUGGUAUAUGACUGUAAUUACACCUACAUCCUUAUUAAUUAAUUCUAACAUGCAGGAGCAUGUGAUAGGCAUUUAAAAAUAUAGGCGCAAAGAAAUGUCCAGCCAAAAAAUGCACGAUGGCAGAAAAAAAUCCUGUACACUGAACCUGCAUGGAGCUUAUUUUCCGCCCCUAAAAUAUGUUCUUUCCAUAUUUUUCAAGACGUACAUGACCGAUAUGUACUUCCGCCAAGAAUGGCAAGAUAAUCGUCUUCAGCAUUCCCUCAACUGCACAUUGACGUUUAUUACUGGGACGAAAAAACCAGUAGAUUUCAUUUGGGUACCAGAUGCAACUUUUGAAAACUCUGUGACGUCAUAUGUACAUGAUGUAUUGAUUGGUAAUCAUAAAGUUGAUAUUUACCCCGAUGGUCGAGUCUUCUGGGGUGUAAGGUAUGAUAGAUGAUAAUUGCAAAAUAAUCACAUGUAUGAUUCGAUUUUGUAGUUGUAAGUGCAAUAUCCCGUGGUCGAAUUCAACGCUAAAAUUUUAUUCCGUCGUUUACAUUUAAGGAUCUGUAUCAACAUGAUCCUGGCUAGGCGGGAUGGGACAUUUACCGAGAUCCCGAUCGUAAAUCAUAUAAACUCUAGGGAGGCAGGAUGAAAGUGCAAAAUACUAGGACGUCAAGGGGAUGUCGUCAUCGCAGAAAUGCUUUGUCCAUAAGGAUGGCGUCAUUGCAGAAAUGUUUUCUGCAUGAAAAUGUCCCGACCCGCAUAUAGCUAGGUCGCAUGGUAUCGUACAAACAGGAAUUAGGUUGCACUAUCGUGCAUGCAAUAUAUCCAUGUUUGUCAAGACCAUUCGACGGCUUGUAAUCUGUUCAGUCCGGAUGUGUUCAGGAUUUGUUAUUACAAAAUCAUGCAAGGGUGUGUUGUGUUCUAGUAGCGGAAGUGCGUAUAGACGGAAGUGAACUGUGUAGCGGGAUUCGAGGAAGAGGGCUUACGGGGAAGGAGAGACACAGAGACACGAGGCAUAGAUGAAGCGAUGUAUAUAUUUCAUAAUAGUUUCCUAUAAGUAUUAACGUUCACAUCACAUAUCUAUAUUGUUUCUUACAAUAUUACAUUGGCGACGAGGAUAACCUCAACAUUCGAUUACUAUGGCAGGAUUAGAUUUCUCGGGAAUUCAACAGUUUGAUCCUCAUUCAGAGCCAAGUUCGCUGGCUUCGCAGUGGAAAGAAUGGCUGCAACGAUUCAAACGAUGUAUAGUCGCUUUUGACAUCAAAGACAAAGCAAGGAAACGAGCUCUAUUGUUAUACCUGGCCGGUCCAAAGGUGGAAACAAUAUUUGCCACGCUCUCUGAUACGGGAGAAGAGAACGACUUCGAUAAAGCCAUAGAGAAAUUGACAGAGUAUUUCGCGCCGAAGAAAAACAUUCUAUACGAGCGACAUAUUUUUCGCCAAGUCAGCCAGCGAUCUGACGAAACAAUUGACCAAUUCUGUACACGACUGAGACAUCGUGCCUCGACAUGCGAAUUCGAUAAUGUAGAGGACGAGAUUAAAACACAAAUCGUGGAAAACUGCAGGUCUAGUCGACUCAGAAGGAAAGCAUUUCGGGAUGACCCCAAGCUGGAUGAUUUGAUUAAAUACGCGAGAGCACUGGAAAUUUCUGAUCACCAUGCUGAAGAAAUGGAAAAGCAACACCGUCAGGAGGCUGUGUAUCAAAACACCAGACGAGAUUUUCCGCCAAGGGAUAUAAAAGGUAAACAAGCACAAACUUGUUAUAAUUGUGGAGGGACGUACCCCCACCAAGGCAGGCCCUGCCCCGCUGCAGGCAAGACCUGUCAUAAUUGCUCAAAAACUGGACAUUUCGCUCGAGUUUGUAAGUCUGAACAAAAACCAAUCUCUCGAAAACCUCGAAUGCCUCAGGACCAAUAUAAAUCGAAGGCAAACAAGUUGAAUGCUUUGAACCAAAAUCGGCAACAGCAACCACUCUCUACUGAGCCAACAGUACAAGGUGAACCGGAAGUAAGCGACAGUGAUAGCAAUGAGGAUAUAAUUAUUUCUGUUUCGAGAGCCAAGAAAGUGAAGCAACCACCCAUGACAAAACUCAAAAUGAAUGGGGUGAAAGUAGAGUUUUUGAUUGACACCGGAGCUUUAGUGAACAUUUUGACACAAAAGGACUAUGAGUUUCUCUGUACAAAUUCAAAGGACCAAAUCUCUUUACGAAAGACUAAAACUAGAAUCUAUGCGUUUGGCUCUUCAGAACCAGUUGAGUUGAAAGGAAAGUUUGAAGUUCUAGUUGACUCAAAGCGUCGUGUUGCUGCCGCUACAUUUUAUGUCACAAAGGGAACUCAAGGCACUACUUCAAUUCUCGGUUGUGAGGCGUCUACUAAUUUGCGUUUGAUUACCAUGAAUGUUAAUUCUGUGUCGAAAGUAUCGGAUGUCAAGUCGGACUCUGGAACUGAUACGAGUAGCUGUGAUUUGGAUGCGAGUAAAAGAAAAGAAAACCUAUUGAAAGGUAGGCACCCUAAUGUAUUUACAGGAAUUGGUAAACUAAAGGGGCAUGAACAAAAGAUUCACAUAAAUACCAAUGUACUCCCUGUUGCCCAAACGAACAGGCGUGUUCCAUUUCAUUUACGCAAACAGUUAGACACCUGGCUGGACGAUUACUUACAAAAAGAUAUAAUUGAGCUUGUAUCUGAUGAGAGCACUGACUGGGUGAGUGGACUAGUUCUUGCACCAAAACCCAGAAACCCCAAUGAAGUAAGAGUAUGCGGCGACUACCGCCAAGCAAACACAGCUAUAAAAAGAGAAAAACACCCAAUUCCUACAGUUGACGAACUGAUGGAAAGUAUGAAUGGGGCAAUUAAAUACAGUAAGAUUGAUUUGAAGGCUGGGUAUCACCAAAUUCCCCUUGAGAAAAGUUCCAGGUCCAUUACUACAUUUAUUACGCAUCGUGGAUUGUUUCGCUAUAAACGAUUACCUUUCGGUAUCAACUCGGCCAGCGAGGUAUUUCAGCAUGCUAUCGAGAAUGCCAUUCGAGGGAUAGACGGAGUUCGUAACAUCGCGGAUGAUAUAAUUGUUUGGGGGUCAACACAACAGGAACAUAAUUUACGGUUAGAGCAGUUAUUUGCUCGCUUAGACGAGUCCGGCUUAACCGUAAAUAAUGACAAAUGUCUAUUUGAUCAGAGAGAACUUUGGUUCUAUGGCUUUCUCCUUACUGAUAUAUUCAGGCAUAAAAGUUGAUCCAAGGAAAGUUGAUGCAAUUAAGCAUGCUAAGGAACCAAAGGACACAAAAGAACUCCGUAGUUUCGUAGGGCUAGCAAACUAUUGUUCCAGAUUCAUCAAGAACUUUUCAACUCUUACAUCCCCCUUGCGAGAACUUGCUGUAGCCAAAACACCCUAUGCAUGGACACCUAGACACACAGCAGCAUUUGCUGCUAUUAAAGAAGCUAUACAGAAAGACUGUAUCAUGCAUUUUUAUGACCCAAAUCAGAAAACAUGUCUAACAGUCGAUGCAAGCACCACAGGUCUUGGAGCAAUAUUGUCGAACAUUGACAGAGCAGGUAAUUUGCAUAAUGCAGCAUAUGCCAGUAGGUCACUCACUCUAACUGAACAACGGUAUUCACAAACCGAACGAGAGGCCUUAGCCGUUGUCUGGGGUUGCGAACGGUUUCACAUGUACCUAAUUGGUGCAGAAUUCACAAUUUGCACCGAUCACAAAGCCCUUGAGGUAAUUUAUUCACCCAAAUCCAAACCACCUGCUCGGAUUCAACGGUGGGCUCUGCAGGCCAACGGGGAAGCCGAGUCGUUCAUGAAGCCCCUCGGUAAGGCUGUAAAAGCAGCGAAAAUGGAAGGAAAGGAUUGGAAAGAAGAGCUACAUGGUUUUCUGUUAGCUUACAGAACUACACCACACUGUACCACCGGGGUAGCACCAAGUCAACUGUUGUUCAAUCGCGAAGUUCGUACGAACAUGCCAACUUUUGUAAAAGAGGGGGAUAUUGAUUACAAGAUUUUACACGAACAGGCUAAGAUAAAUACGUCAGAGAAGCAGUCGAAAGCGCAGCAGUAUACAGAUAAAAGACGACGAGCUCGGAAAGCAAACAUCGAAGUAGGAAUGAAAGUUUUGGUGAAACAAGAACGAAAAAACAAAUUUAGUACUGUUUUUGAUCCAACACCUUUGACUGUAACGAAAGUUAAUGGCACAAAGAUAACCGCAGCGAGACACGAUCUCACUACCACCUGAAACGUAUCGCAUUUCAAAAGAUUUUACUCGAAAGACGAAAGUGCUGAUGAACAGGAAUGCGACGACAGCGCUAGCGAUGUAACGGACGAUGAAGAUAAUAACGAACAGCCACAAGAUAUUCCACGAAGGUAUCCGGCAAGAGUACGAAGAAGACCUCGGUUCUUGCGCGAAGAAACUUAACUGUUAAAAUAUUGGUACUAUUGUUUAGGUUGACAUUUAAACCAGAACUAUUGAAUUUUGGUCAUAAUUUAGGUGCAUGAUUGUUUGCAUAAGUAUAUUUCAUAUUCUAAAGUAAAAGGGAGAUGUUGUGUUCUAGUAGCGGAAGUGCGUAUAGACGGAAGUGAACUGUGUAGCGGGAUUCGAGGAAGAGGACUUACGGGGAAGGAGAGACACAGAGACACGAGGCAUAGAUGAAGCGAUGUAUAUAUUUCAUAAUAGUUUCCUAUAAGUAUUAACGUUCACAUCACAUAUCUAUAUUGUUUCUUACAAUAUAACAGGGUGUAUCAGAAGUACAGUACCGAUGUAUCAACAAAAAUAUCGACUCACGUAUAUUUCUUACAGAGCUACAGCCAGAGCGCUUUGUCCUAUGGAACUCUCAUCCUAUCCAUUUGAUGUGCAAGUUUGUCCUUUAACCCUCGUGAGUUGUAAGUAAUGCACACUGAAUUCAGGGAUAUGUAAUGGAAGGGGUGUGUCAGGGGGCCUUGUUCAUAUUUCCAUUCAGUGUGUGUGAGAGGGGGGAGGGGAAAUAAUCUUUGAUAAUACAAUAGGUUUUUUUCCAAUUUAAUACGAUCUCGCAUUAUUGCACCCUUAAAAACCGCCAGUUAUUCCAAUUUAUUUCUUCUAAAUUUUUUAAAGUCAUACCAGGAUGGUAGUGUGAUUGAACCCAGUAGUGAUUUGCUUGUCUUACUAUGAUAAAACUAUGCAUUUAUAACCACUUAAAAUACAUGCAAGAAAUCGUGUUUCAGAAAUUCAAGAAUAAAGACUUUCCGGCGGUGCAUUCUUCCUUAAAGAGCAGCUCUUGCUAAAUUUUAGACUACACCACCACUGUGUGAAUUGUACGGAAUAUACAUGUUACAUGUGUUUUCUUGUAUACGGAGUGUAUUACAUCGUACUAUUAUAUAAAGUAAUUUUCUUUACUGUACUUUGUAUUAAAGUGAUACUGCUGCAUGUUCUCUAUAUAUACCAUCUGCGGUUAGAUUAUAGACAUUCAAAUUCCUUUGAAUGUCUAUGGUUAGAUUUAGAAGAAAGAUAUAAAAACCAAGACCCAUUUGAAUUCCUAUUAGGCCCUAUACUUAUACAGUUUUAAUAGUUGAAUUCUUGUUUCUGGUAUUGUGUGCACUCAGGUGAAGAUAUAUGUAUGUGAUGUUGCUUUGAGUGUACCCGCAUGUACCGGACAAGAUGAAAAGGUUGCUUGACCACAGUAGGAAUCGAACCCACGACCUUUGCUAUCACACUGAGCAAAACCAAAGGUCGCGGGUUCGAUUCCCAUCGCGGUCAAGCAAACUUUUCAGCUUGCCCAGUGUCGACACACUCAGAGACAACAUCGCAAACAUAAGUUUUAGUACCGCUUUUGAGGUAUCCCGUAUUCCAAAAUAAAAUAUUUUCACACUCUUAGUUUUGCAAUGUUUUCAUUUCAUUCAAAUGUAGACAACUAUCCAGCCAAUCAUGUGAAAUACGCGUGGAAAGGAAGUUCGGCCGUUACGGUUUUUGCUAAAAAAUUAUCGCAGUUUUUGGUAACUCGUGUUGAAACCAGUGAGACAGAGGCAGUGUACCCUAUAGGUAAUAAUUACAUUUAAUCAUGGCCGUGAUUUAAUUAACAAAUAAUUAAAUCGAAGUAGUUGAUUAAUGAGCGUGUAGCUCAAAGCUGGACCCAAAUUAAAUUGGACAAUUACAACUUAGUUAAAGGGAAAUAGCAAUAAAAAUUAAAUUUCUCCCAUUUGGUAGAGGGAUUCAAUAUAUUUCGAAACAUUGUUGCAGAUUUUCUGUAUCGUUCUUGGUAUAAAAAAUAUUAUACUUUAUUUCAAACAAAAUCAUCAUGCAUUCCGCCAUCUUGGAUAUGGAUAUGCUUGACGUCACAACCAGGGUAACAUUAUUUAUAUUGAGCAAUUCUCAGCCCAUUUCAAUGCUAAAUCCUAUUUUUUAUCAGUCCAAUAUACGAUGAUUUAUAUCAUUUACUGAAAAUUGAUGAAAUUCAUGGUACUUCCAACAACAUUAAAACAAUUGGUAUUUUCUAAAUUGAGAAAAGGAAAAUUAAUAAUUUAAAAACAACUUUUGUUGUAAAAUGUUUUUCGAAACGUAUCUGUGAAAGUACGAAAAGGAGUCAUAUGACACAUGUACGCUAUAUUUAUGGCCUCGUUAUCAAUCAAAUACAUACACAUUUUAGUCAAAAACUUGACAAGUCGAAACAAAUACAAUUUACUAGAGAGUCUAUAACCGUGUUUACACUACGAGCCUAAGCCUGGCCUGGGCCUACCUUUGGACGUGAUUUUUGUAGUGUAAAUUACGCACUUCGGCCUGGCCUAGGCCAGGAAAUCUGGGCCCAUCAAAACAGGUGGUCCGGAUUUCCUGGCCUUGGCCAGGCCGAAGUGCGUUUACACUACAAAAAUCACGUCCAAAGGUAGGCCCAGGCCAGGCUUAGGCUCGUAGUUUAAACACGGCUUAUGACGUAGGCUAUACAGUGCGCGAAUUCGUCCGGUUCCAAUUUCUAGUACUCAUCCGAGCUAUGCUCGAUUUGUCCGGUUUCAAGCGUCCCGUGUCAACUCGAAAAGCCAAAUCAGACGGCUGCGAAUUAAUUUGGCUUUGUGUGAACUGAUUAUAAUUAUAGACAGAUUAUAAGUACUAGAUAAAACAUGAUUUAUUUUGUAUGUGAUGUCAAGCGUUAUUAUUUUGUUAGGAAAGUACUCUAUCCUCCACACAUAUUUCACAUUCCAAAGACGGCUGGGAUAUUUCGUGAUGCAAGUUUACACACCAUGCGUAUUUUUAGUGAUGUUGGCAGGAUUUUCGUUCUGGGUGGAUCCCAGAGCCACACCUGCCAGAGUCGCCCUAAGUUUAACUACACUUCUGACCACCGCGACAAUAUGGUCGUCAGUUAAUUCAAGAAUGCCCAAAGUUAGUUAUGUAAAAGCUAUUGAUAUUUACUUCCUGGUUUCCUUUGGUUUCGUGUUUUCUACCCUCUUGCAGUAUAUACUACUGCUGACAUUGAAGCAUCAGACACACUUGAGGAAAUUACGGAAGGUUUCGCCUGAAUAUCCCCUUUCCGGAAAGGUGAGUGCAACAAUUAUUAACUAAUUUUCACAUUAGCAGACAAUUUUAAUACACCUCAUCGGCAGAGGAUUCUUGCCGCUGAAUUAUGCAUAUUUCAAUCCGCCCCGUUACCAUCAUGUCGGGAAAUGUACACCGAGAUCAGAAGAGGAUGAGAGUUGGCAGUCACGUGAUCUUAGUUAGUUGGCUGUUCUUCAUGCUUUUCCAAAACUCUCGUAUUCAGUUAAAACCUAGUUGGAACACUCUUCAAACCUUUAUUUUGUUAAUCUAUAUCCCCUGGUAACAAUGAAUACUGCCAACUCUCAUCAAAUCUCAUCCUCGUUUGAUCAGAAAAUAUUUGAUGAAAUUAAUUAGAAAAUUAAUUGUUUUUUAUUUAGAAAAUGGGUGAAGGUAACGGUGGUAUGAAUUCAAGCUCCAGUGCGAAAACUGAUCAAGCAUUGCAAGCUAAACAACGUAUGAUGCAACGUUACCGUUCUAUUCUAAUUGAGCAAAGUGAGCAGAAUGAGAGUAAGGAGGAAUCAACUGCAACAGAAGUAACACUGGAUCCAGAAACGCUAUACUAUUACAAGCAGAAGCAAGAAUUUAGGAGCAUUUUAUGGCUUGAUAAAUUUAGUCGAGUUUUCUAUAUGUUCAGCUACGUUCUAUUUCUCGUGUUGUAUUGGAAAAUGUAUAAAUUUGAUGAGUAGCAAGGGAGCCGUCUUUCAAAGUGCCAUGUUUAUAUUUAUAGUAGGACAAAAUCAAAGGUUGAGACAUUUACGGCAUAAGAAACAAUUGGGUCGAAAAUGAUCAAGUUUGGGCCAGUCGAUAAAAGAGCUAUAUAAUGCUGUUAUGUACCAUUUAAAACAUUUAUCAGAUAUAAAGAUACGAGGCGAAGCCGAAUAUCUUUAGGACUGAUAAAACGUGCACUGCAAAAUGUUUUAAAUUGCUUCAAAAACUAUCAAUCUAGUAUAAAUUUAUUGUCUCAUUGACGAAGUAAUUUUGAAAAAAUACGUUGUAAGUCGAGAAAGUCAAAGAUAAAGUUUAUGUAAAUCAAGGGAAAUCUCUAUCACAUACAAAGAUACGACACGCUUAUGAUUUUUCUUUGUGUUUUCCUCAUGAAUUAUUAAUGAGAUUUUGAAUACUAAUUAAAUUAAAUUCCCCUGUUUAAAUUCCCCUGAUUAUUUUAUUGCCUCGAAUAGUCGCUCAAAAAUGUACCUUCAAUUGAUGCAAGAAAAAGAUCCGCAUUGCGUAUUCAUUUUUUCACUCAAAUCAGCAAAAUAUUGUUAAAAAUUGCGCACAACGACGGUCGAAAAAUCCGCAAUGCAAAUUAAUUUUUUCACUCAUGAAAUUUAAGAGCCAAGAACAUCGCUCUGAUACGAGAUCAUCCGUGGCAGUACAAAAUUGUACUGCGCGAUAAUAGCUGACCAUCUUGGAAUAGAAAGAAAUUAAGGACCUGAGUUAUUGCGACCACGGUAAUGGAGAUAAUUCAUAAGGGCUCAACAGCACAUAUAUUAGUGCCAGAGGGCCCCGAUACGUAAAAUAUGACCACGGCGAAAUGUUUUCGAGGUCUUGAUGUUUAUCACCACCACCGUAGGGCUAUAUGCUUAUCGACCUGGAUAUCGUUCAAGACAAAUUGCUGUUGACAUCAAAGUGAGAGGAAUUUGUCGUGAAUGUCGUGGAAAAUGUAUAAACUUGAUUAGUAGUGAAGAGGAUUUUUUCGUGAUUUGUCGAUCACGACAAACAGAUCGUGAUUUGUCGAUCCUGUCAAACAAACAGCCCACAAUAACGCAUCCGAGUAUUUCUUUAUAGGUUAAUAAACUUGUAAAGUUUACGAAGAAUAGAUAUAGUCAUAGGCGUACUGGAAGGAAAGAAACCUGCUCGACUUUUCCGGAUUGUGCCCGACAAGUGCCGAAAAUUUUUUUUUUCCGGAACAAUUUAUUUUGGCGACCCCCCCCCCGCCAAAAAAAAAAUUGGGCAGUCCAAAAAUUUUUCGGACAACCUAAAUUUCUCGGAACAUCAAACAAAUUUUCCCAAACAUCGAUAAAUUGACAUAAUUUCCCACAAAAUUGACAGAAUUUGUCCCAUUUAUUUUCAUAAUAACCCACUGAUUGCCCGACUGACUACUUUUUGCCGGACUUUUGUUGAACAUUUGCCCGACUUUUGUUGAACAUUUGCCCGACUUUUCGACUUUGUAAUCUUUUUGGGGGGUACCCCCCGUCCCGUACGCCUAUGGAUAUAGUACCCUUGUAACAGACUCGUCCCCAGUCGCUUUAAGAGCGGCCAGAAGUGGGCGCGUAGAGGCUCACGGCAAGGGCGAAAGAAGAAAAUUUAGCGACUGGCAGAUUACUGUGAUUUUUCUUGCAAGAAAUUGUUUUUCUUGCAAACUAAUAUUUUAUGCUUCAAUUUUGGAUUUUUUGACAUUGGUAUACAUAAAUCGAUCAUUUUAUGAUGUAGUCUCUGCAAAGUGCGUAUUUUUAUCAAGUACAGUAUAUCGGCCUUCAAUUGGUCAAGUCUGGAGCACUUCAAAAUGGCGGACUCUGAUGAACUUAGAUG